AUGAAGCUCAACAGUCUCCUCUUCCUCGCCGCGCUCAUCGGCCCAAGCGACGCGUGCAAAUGCCAGAAAGGCGUCGCCUGGACGGUUCUCUGCUGUCGAGAAGCACGAGGCCGCUACUCCAACGGCGACUGCGCCGCCAGCUCCAUCGGCGAGAGACUGAGCGCUUUCAGCGCCUGCUGCAUACAGAUGAAAACCGUCUCCGACUGCGACUGCCCCCUUGGCUGCGCGCAAUAUAGCUCUGAUAUCGCCAACGGAAUUGUGGAAGCGUUGCUCAACUAA